AUGUUCCUUAUAUUUUUAAUAUUGAAGUCUCUGAACGAUUGUGACUCGGAAGAUGGUGACAUGGAGAGUUUACCAUUACUAGCAGAACGAGAAGAAAUCAUCACCAUCUGGACGCCGUUGGUCUACGAGCCGUCGGGGGUAAAUGUGAACGGAGAUUUGGAAACGGCGUCGUUCAGCUCUGCAGAGGAUGUGGACUACUCGACAUUGUGUGUCAUAUGUUUCGAGGAACGGAGAAACUGUUUCUUUGUACCUUGCGGUCACUCUGCCACUUGUAAGGGAUGUGCUCUGAGGAUCAUGUCGGAAGAAAAACACGUGUGUCCUAUUUGCCGGAGGGUUAUACGCAAAUCUAAGAGAAUAUUACCGCUGAAGCUUUGA